AUGACGUUCGACGACUUGCUAGUCCGCUAUUUGGGCGGUUUUGGACUGUACCAACGGAUCCAGUAUCUGCUCGUGUGCGUUCCAAUUAUCUUGACGGCGAUGCACGCGCUUUCCUGGUCGUUUACCGCGGAAAACGUGCCCCAUAGGUGUAAGUACGUCGGGGAGAACGACUCUUCAGUGUACAGUGAUGCCUCGCUUUAUAUUGGCAACUUUACUGACACAUGCAGUCCGUCAUGCUGUAGACCGGCGGCGGUCAACACGACUCAUUCGCCUGCGUCGACGGAGGUAGUAUUCGAAAGCUGUGUCGAUGGCUACAAGUUCAACAGCACGUUUCAAAGCGCUGUUAUUAAGUGGAAUCUUGUCUGCGACCGGAAGUGGAUCAGAUCGUUUGUGCAGUCCAUGUACUACGUUGGGCAGUUCAUUGGUUCGUACUGUCUCGGUACGCUGUCAGAUAAGUAUGGCCGUAAAAAGAUAUUUUUCUUCGCCAUCAUGAUACAACUUGCUUGCGGUGUGUCGAUGGCUUUCGUUUCUUUCUGGGAGGUUUUCGCGCUUUUUCGCAUAGGAGUCGGAUUUGCGCAUUCGGGAAUUUUUAUGAUUGCCGUGGUGCUCGGAAUGGAAUUAGUUGCUCCGAAACAUCGCGUUCUUGCCGGUGUUGGGACCGGAAUAUUUUUCUCAAUUGGACAGAUCAUUUUGGGUGCAAUUUUCGGUCUUUUCACUUCGUAUGAAUAUCUCCAGUUGGCGAUCGCUCUUCCUGGAGUUCUAUUCUUUUCCUACUGGUGGUUCGUUCCGGAAUCUGCACGAUGGUUAAUUACGAAGGGAAGGCUGGAGGAUGCUGGAAAAAUACUGACAAAAGUGGCGAAACGUAACGGCCACCAGCUGCCUUCGAAUUGGACAGAAGAAAUCGAGUGCGAGUUACAGAAAGAUACACAAGAAAAUAAGAAACUCACCAUACGCGAUUUGUUCUCCAACAGGAUAGCCGUUUCGUGCGUUUAUUACGCUCUGGCGAUCAACCCCGGUUUUCUUGGAGGAGGACUUAGCGCGUCGUUUAUGAUCGGUGGUGCGUUGGAGAUCGUGUGCAUGGUCAUGGUACUUCUCUUGUUGAACAGUGUCGGUCGGAAGGCACUCCUCAUGUCUGGUUUCCUUCUGUGCAGCCUGCUUCUUUUAACUACGUUAAUGGUGCCUAGUGAAUACGCUACGAUAAAGAUGAUUUUGGUAGUAACAGCGAAGUCACUGGUGGCCGGCGUUUACGCUAUCAUCUACAUCUUUUCGCCAGAGCUAUUCCCAACAAUGAUCAGAAGUACGGCGAUGGGCUGCUGCAGCAUGGUAGCUCGCUUCGGUGCGGUGUCUGCCUCCUACUUUUCCAUGUGGCUGGCCGAUGAUUAUCCGAUUAUUGUCACGCUUAUUUACAGCGCUGUGGCAAUAACCGCCGCGAUGCUGAUCGUGCUCUUGCCGGAAACGUCCGGUAAGCCUUUGCCCGAAACCAUCGAAGACGCUCGAAAUAUGACAAGAUUAUAUGCAGAGACUAGAUGA